AGUACGCCCGGUAGUGAAUAAAAUUAAUUUAAAAUUCCUAUUUAAUAACUGAAUUUUGUCAAGCAUGGGUUUCAGAAGUGUUUGGAUUCUGUACUUAUGGGCUCUAUGCCUGAUAGCUAUCUCCGUUAACUCUCUCGAGCUCCGUCGCAUGCCACUUCGAAAAGUGUGUUGCACUAAUGCCAACACACGCUCCGUACCCGCCGAGCAAAGGCAGCCGUCAUUGAUUGAUCUGCUGCACAUAGCCAACGAGAAUUUCAAGACGAGUUCGCUGCAGCAGAUGGAACGCGAUCCUUUCACUGUCGCUUCGAAGUUCGGGCUGACGCCACCACCGAUUGCCCAAUCCGAUGAUAGCCUGAAGAAGUUGGAGAGUCAAAAAGCGUAUCUCUGUUCGAAGAUGUCGUGCGCACCACAGUACAUUUCAGGGCCGGUGUGCGCCUGCAACUUUAACACAGGCAAAGUUGUCAGUUUUAAGAACAGGUGUGACAUGAAAAAACACAACUGUAGAUUUGGUACAGCCUUCAAGGCGAUUUUGGAAGAAAUAUGCCCGUGGGAGUUUGAAAGCAGACGUCGGGAGAAGACUUACGACUACAACGAAUCCAAGUAUUUUAAUUAAGCUGUGAACUUGAACGAAUUGUGUUGUAGUUGUUGUGUAAUAAAAUGCA